ACGAUUUUAUGUACUUGGCGUACAUACUUUUUCUUUUUUUAAAAAGAUUUUUGUAGGGUAAAAAUAUACAGAAUAUAUCAUUGACAGAGCGAGAUUUAAAAUUUCGGUUUUAUUUACUCUUUUGUUGUAUAUAUUCACGUUUUAUAUUUAAUUCAGUUCUACUUCAAAUUUGUAUCUUAUAUUAUUAGUAACACAAUAUCUCUCCUACAGUUACAUGGAAAAUAUGAAACGAUUGUCCAGUGAAUAUCGAGAUCGUGCAUUGCCACCAUUAGAUCUAGCGAUAUGGAACAUUGAAUACGCUGUUCGUAAUCCAAAUGGUUCAGCAUCGCCGGUCAGAUCUCAGAAUUGGAUGGAGAAGAACUUGAUUGAUAUCUAUGCGAUUCUAGUCCUUAGUUUGGUCGUAACAUUGGCAGCUGUAGUCUUUGUAAUGAAGAUACUGUACAAUUAUUUAUAUAAGAGUAUUGCAUCUAAAUUAUGUAAAGACAAACAAAUGUAAACUAUUAGAUAGUAAUUACGUCAUUUUCGUUAUGCAUUAGUUAUUAUAGUUAAUAGCUAUUAGUAUGUAAUUCGUAAGCAAUUGUUUUUAUUAUUCUUUUAUAGCCAGUUUAAUAAAAUGAAAUACAGUAAUAUUACAUUAUUAGAAUAUAACUAGAUUAAUAUAGUACAAAAAUAAAUUAUGCUAAAUAUUUGUUAAGUUUGAAAUGAUAGGUAUUUGUGCCUCUUCAUUUAGCUCAUAUAAAUAGCUUAUCUCAAAAUCUUGUGGUGAUGGUGGUCUGUUACUGAAUCUUUAACAAGUGGGAUGUAACAUUUCUCAUUAAAUUGUUAAAUUUUU